AUGGAAAAUCUUCUGGAAAGGCACGAGGAGGGAAAUGACUCCCAAAUGGUAGGCAGUAGCAGCCAGGACGUCCACACCAUGAAGAGAAACAUAGAGGGGGGAAGUAACUCCAAGGAGGGAUGUGAAAUUCUUCCAGUUGGUGACAACCCCAUGGUGAUAGACACUAAUCUUGCGUAUGUCAGAAUUGGUGACAGCGAUGGCCAUUUGGGAAAGAGGAAGAGAGGGGUGAUAGACGGGGAAUAUAUGGAGGAUAUACAGGGGAAAUACCAGGAGGGGUCCCACGUGAACAGUACGGAUUAUCUACCUAAUGGUGAUGACGACGAAAUGGGUGACGCUAGAAGAAUCAUGCAAAUAAAAGGAAGAAGGUGUGCAGGAAAAAAUCCCCCCUGUGUGAACAGAGGCAAUCCUAGCAAGCCUAUCCAAUUCCAGGAGGACAACUUCGACGAAGAGAACACCCUAUUGGAGGAUGGCGACGAGGAGACUGAACUGUUAAUGAGCAACGACCAGAGUAAUUAUGGUAAGUAUAGGGACGUGGAUCCAGAUCACCUAAUUUAUUUAUAUGAAAAUGAAAAUGUGGGAGGUUUGAAAAGUACAGAAGAAUUAGCGGCGGGAGAAGGGGUCGCCGAAGCAACGACAGAGGAAGCAGAAGGAGAAGCAGAAGGAGAAGGUCCUGUUGCCAGAUAUUUAGACAAACACUAUAAGGGACAAAUAAUCAUCGAUGGGAAAAACGAAGUGGACGAGCUCUUGCUCGCAACCAGAAUGGCCUAUUUCGACAUGGCUAGCCAAAAUAGAGAGGGUGCCUCUGAACUGAUAAAACAAAACACUUCUGUGGAUUUUCAAAAAGCAGAUCAGGGUGAGGGAAACGAAUCGAGUGUCGACUCUUCCGAGGAUGAGCCCUUCGACAGGGAUGAAUAUGUUGAGCAAUUUCGCCAUUUUUAUGAUGACAGUAGUGUGGAUGACGGUGAACAACCCGUUUGCGAUCCAUUUGUGCGCUUUUCGGGGAACCCUGGAGAAUGCGAUAAGCAGAAGGGGCAAAACGCAGAUGCGCACAACGCAAAUGUGCACAGUGAGGAGGGAAAGGGCUCCCAGGGGUACGGGGACAUCACGAAAGAAAUCAUCCAGGAGAUGAUGAGUGACGACUCAGAAGAUGGAAUGGUGAACAGCGCAAAAAAGGGGGAGACCAACGGGGAGACCAACGGGGAGCCUAGCGGAGAGACCCCUAGCGAAAAUAUAGCAUCAAACACGAUGAUGGACAAAUCAGCAGAGCGUGUCUUCCCGGAAGAAACAAACCAAUUCAGCAAGCAAAGUAGAAUAAGAUUAAUGGGAGCCCCCGAAAGUGUGAAAGAGGAUAUACCAAUAGAAAAAAUAGGGAAAUUAAUAAAAUUACAAGAUGAUGUAUUGACUGUGCAUGCAUUUAAGUGUGAAUUCUACUUAAGUGUUGCGUCUGUUUUGUGCCUUCAGAAUCGAAAGAUAAUCGGGUGCAUCAUUAAUGUCAGCUCCAACGAGACGGAGGUUUUCUACUACGCAAGAGUGCUCUUCCCAAAUGUGAAAAACGAAUUAACGCCCAAUAUAGAUAUAUAUGUCGACCAAAAACAUGCAUUGUACAUCAACGCGGGGGUAAACAUAUGCUCGGAAUUGUUCAAAGUAUUUAAAAACCCAGCCAUACCUUUCGUUUUUAUUAACUACAAAGAUUUGUAUAACAUUGCCGACUCGCAGUUAGCUGAGAGUAGAAACCAAAACCAGGAAGAAGGGGGGGAUGAUACUAAUAAGAAUGCAUUGAACUGUAGCAAACAUAAUGAGCAUACCAUUUCCGAUUGGCUACGUAGCAUUUCAUCGUCAACCAGCACACAGGCAGGAAAAAAUGCAAACAAAACUUGGCACAGAAAUGUAUCUUCUCCAAAUGGUACCCCCUACGAUAACGAUAUCCCUCAUAAAAAUAACAACCAUCGAGAGUAUAUGAAAACGCACGGUCCUCCCAGACGCAGAGGUGCGCGCAACUAUGCCAAUGUAUCAUCUCGCCGCUCUUCAAGUUAUAGGUUUAAAAACUUGAGUUACGUAAAUUCUGUCCGAGCUAACAAAAUGACCAAUGUGCAUGGUAAUGGCUCGGCUGGUAUGCAUACGCGUUGGGGAAAAAGUGGUGCCUAUGUUGGAGCGCCCAUCAUGAAUGGAAAUGCGUCUUACGGUGGUGCCAGCGGUAUGGGCAGCUCCUACAACCAUGAGGGUGCCCAGAACCACGGAAGUGGCACGCCCCACGAAGCCUCCAUUUCGGAGAUGCAAAGUGGCUACACCACACACUCCAACGUUACAAAUGGCGACUCUAUACACUACAACGUUACAAAUGGCGACGCUAUACACUACAACGCUACGCACCCAAACGCGACUCGCGAGCAGAAUGCACACCCCCACCGGACGUACCCCCCUCCGUUUUUGCCCCCCCAAUAUAAUCAACAAUUUGCAAGCCACGACAACCCCAGGACGAUCAUGUAUAGCCCAUUUGACGAAAGGAAAAGUGCCUACCCCGGUGAAGCCACAAAUGACAUCCAUCGUGGGUCCCUGUACAGCAUGCACAAGACAAAUUACGCGACAAAUCACGCGACAAAUCGUACGAAUAGAUACUCAUACAACAGAAUGAAAAGGGGCCCUCGGUUCAGUAACAUUAGGAUUGUGAACUCAAAUGACCGGGUCCCCUUCAAAACGGAAAAAAAAUAA